AUGUCGUCCCCGGCACCUGCCAACACUUCCGGGAGCAACCUGCAGGUUCUCCCACCUAUUCUCACGAAUGAACCAGUGAAACACUCGCCGAGUGCAAAGGACCGCUUGUCGACCUACUCGAACGUGUCCUUCACGUCGCAAAACCGCUCGCGCCCGGGCUCGCACGUAUUCCCGAUCUUCCAUUCCAGCCUUUCCUACACUCUGGUGCGAGAUUUUGCAUACCCCUCGAUACACCCGCUGCACUAUGGACCUCCACCCCCACGCGGUUCGGGUGUUUCCACCCCCGCCAGUGAAUAUCGCCGCUUGUCGGACCCCCCCGGUUCGUGGGAUACCUCACGAGGUCCGUGGGCAUCUGGCCCCUGGAGUACAGAGAGCAGUCAUGGACAAGGUCAUCAACAGCUGCCAGCCAUGUCGUUCGGUGAUGGUCCGCCUUACAGUGAAGAUGAAGACCUCCAUAGCCCGGUAGUGACCACGGCGCGCCAGCGCAAGAAGUCCACGGGUACAGAAUUGAACGGCGAUGAGCAAGUUGCAGGAGCUGGACUGGACCGCGGUACAUAUGUUGGAAUGAAUGCCGAUGGCAGUGAAACAUAUUACGUGAACAGCGGGGAUCCGAUGGAAGAUGGGCCAGGUGGAGAGUAUGUCACAUACCCGGCAAAUCAAGGACGGCAUUCAUACUAUGGCAGUGGCCCGCAAUGGUUUGUGCCUGCAGCUGGCUUUGAACCCGAGGAAGACUACACGGGCGGCGACCGGUACUCCAAUGACUAUCAAUUUGCGGUCGGCUGUCCGGAUGAGGAAAUGCAUGGAAAAGCCGUGGCUCUCUUUGACUUUACUCGCGAACAUGAGAAUGAGCUUCCUCUCACAGAGGGCCAAGUGAUAUACGUCUCAUACCGACAUGGCCAAGGCUGGUUGGUUGCAGAGGACCCCAAGACAGGAGAAAACGGUCUUGUCCCAGAGGAGUUCGUGCGGCUCCUUCGCGAUAUCGAAGGUGGGCUUACUUCUCUAAAUGGAGAACCUGGCCCAGAUAUUGCGGACGAUAGUGCGUCUCUCAGCAUAGACACGAGCGAAGACAGUCAUGAUUCAACCCCUGUCAACACCGGUCAAUCUACCCCUACGCCUAACCAGGGCGAUCAUCACGGUGCAAAUGGCAAUACCCCAGUGACCAUCUCGGUUGGUCACGCAGAUGAACCCGAUACCGUCUCGGAAAGCAAGACUUCCGGUGGCGGCAAUCGUUCUAGUCAGUUGGCGAAAACCUGA